UAAACGUUUUCGGCAUUUUUGUUUUGCUCUCCAUCUCCAUUUCGAUAGUAUAGCUAGUUUUAUAGAAAUAAAAAUCAAAAUAUUUUUUUGUCCAAAAUGAUUGAAAUAACUUGCAAUGAUCGAUUAGGAAAAAAGGUGCGAGUAAAAUGCAAUCCUGACGAUACCAUUGGUGACCUGAAGAAACUGAUUGCAGCCCAAACUGGAACAAAAUAUGAUAAAAUCGUUCUUAAGAAAUGGUACACCAUAUACAAGGACCCAAUUAGGCUGUGUGAUUAUGAAAUCCACGAUGGCAUGAACUUGGAACUUUAUUAUCAAUGAAACGUUUGCAUUAUUUAAAA